GGAAAGAAGAUACGACACGAAGGGACGCAUAGCAUUGACCAUCCGCAGAGCCGCAGUCCCUGUCCCGUCGCCCCCGCUCCCGCUUGUCGACAACCACCUCUCCUACUGCGACCUUCUCCAUCGACACCUCCACCUCCCGCUUGUAGUCUGUUGUCGCACUCACAACAGCAACCAUGUCUAAGGUUAUCAGAACAGUCAAGAAUGUCACCAAGGGUUACUCGAACACCCAGGUGAAGGUACGGAAUGCUACGAGUAAUGAUCCAUGGGGUCCCACGGGAACAGAGAUGAGCGACAUCGCUCGGAUGACGUUUGAUACGACUACAGAUUUCUUUGAAAUCAUGGACAUGCUCGACAAACGGUUGAACGACAAGGGAAAGAAUUGGCGGCACGUGUUGAAGGCACUCAAAGUGCUGGACUACUGCUUGCACGAAGGUUCCGAGCACGUGGUUGUAUGGGCCAAGGACAACAUUUACAUCAUUAAGACUCUGCGCGAGUUCCAGUACGUCGACGAGGAAGGAAAGGAUCAGGGAAUGAAUGUUCGGGUAUCCGCGAAGGAGCUCACCUCAUUGCUGCUCGACGAGGAACGCCUGCGUAACGAACGAAAGGAUCGGAAAUCGUGGAAGUCACGGGUGUCUGGAAUUGAGGACUCUGCUUCGUCUAAUGGAUACCCCGGACGGUCGUCGGAACGGCAGCGCCCACGGAGACACUCGAACCCAGGCCCGAGCGCCAGGACGGAUGAGGAGGAUCUGGAAUACAGAUUGGCGAUUGAGGCGAGCAAGAACCAGGCGGAGGAAGACAAGAAGAGACAGUCGCAGAGCAAUGUCCCCGAUGAUGACCUGGCGAAGGCGAUCCGGUUGAGCAAGGAAGAAGCGGAGCGCGAGCGUGCCCAGAAGGAGCAGGGACAGAUUAACGCAGACUCUCUUUUCGAUGAUGCCCCGGUUCAACAGCAAGCUCAGCCGUUGCAGUACCAGCAGACAGCGUUCCAGCAGCAGCCAGACUACCAGCAAGGCCAGAUGGUGGAUUUCUGGGGUAACCCGAUGAACCAGCAGAACACCGGCUACUUGAAUGGUGUUUACGGACAGCCAACUGGGCAGUUUGCGAAUCAGCAGCAAUUUCCCCAGCCAACUGGAUUUGACAUGCAGCAGGCAAUGCAGCAGCAGCAGCAACUUCAGCAGCAACAGCAAAUGCAGCAGCAGCAGCAGCAAAUGCAGCAACCGCAGGGAUAUGGGCAACAGAUGGUCGCUCAACCCACUGGCUUCGCCGCGCAGAAUCCGUACGCGAAUGGCGGUAACCUCAGUCCGCAGCAAACCGCGUACAUGUCCCCGGGCAACAACAACCCUUACGCGAAUGGUCUGCAGCCGGCGCAACCGAUGGUGCCCCUUCCUACCGGUUCAAACAAUCCAUUCGCCCCGAAGAUGAGCUAUGGUACGCAGUCGCCACCAAGGAACAAUGGCCAACCGAGUCUCGCGGCCCUCCAGGAGCAACGGACACAAACCCCUUCAUUCAGUCAGUUCCAGCAGCAAUCCCAGCAGACUGCCUUUGGCCAGCAGCCCUCGUUCUCAUCACCGUCGACUCCUGUCCCUACUCAGCAGCAGCAGCAGCCAGCAAAACCGAUAAAUCCCCAACACGCCCAACUGGAGGCACUGUUGGCUGGCGGAAACGGUCUGGAUACGUUUGGAAAUACUGGUGAUCUCAGAAUCCCGGCCCAGCACACUGCGCCAGGCAUGUUCGUGAAUUCAGCCGGAAUGAGGCGCGGUCCGACGCCCGCACAGGCCACGGGGAACAACCCAUGGAUGCAGCAAACACAGUUCACAGGUAUGCCGCAGACGACAGGAUUUGGUGCUAGUCUCCAGCCGCAGCAGCAGAGACUGGUCCCCGCACACACCGGCCCCGCCGGCAUGACCUACCAGGGCGGCAACGCAAAUCCAUUCGGACAGCCGCAGCAGCAGCAACAACAGAACCAGAACCUGAUCGACUUUUAGGUUGGCUGGACAGGGUUGGCUGGUUUGUAAGCACAAUGAGACUGGGUGGCUGUAACAAGUCGAGUGAUAUGUUGUGAUGUUCCUCGGCCUUUGUUGAAUGAGGGGUGGAUGGAUGGCGGAGAGGGUUGAAUAGGUUGUUGUAGGCUCCAGCUUUUUUUUCUUUUCGGCGGGCGGAUAGGUUUUUAUACGUUCCAAUUUCAAGUCCAGCUUUUUUUUUCUUCU